AUGGCCUUCACGGUCUCUCCCCACAGAGGCCCCAGGAGUCUGGGGAGGCGACAUGGUGGGGUCUGGGAUCCCAGCUUUGGGCCUCUUCCUGCUAAUGCAGGGCUCCGUAGGUGAGGGGGCUGAUGAGAGGGUCAGAGAGCUGAGCAGAGGGCCUCCUCACCCUCCAUACAGCCUCCCAACACUGCUCUUUUCUUUCACAGACGGGAAUGGAAUCCAGGGAUUCUUCUAUCCAUGGAGCUGUGAGGGAGAUGUGUGGGACCGGGAGAGCUGUGGGGGCCAGGCGGCAAUUGAGAACCCGAAUCUCUGUCUGCGUCUACGAUGCUGCUACCGCGACGGGGUCUGCUACCACCAGCGGCCGGACGAAAACAUGCGGAGGAAGCACAUGUGGGCGCUUGGCUGGACGUGCGGAGGCCUCCUUUUCCUGAUCUCCAGCAUCUGCCUGUUCUGGUGGGCCAAGCGACGGGAUAUGCUGCGGCUGCCGUGGUUCCUGAAGGGCAAGUGCAACCUGUCAAGGACCGUCUCUCUGUUAUCCAAGGACCGGACACCAAACGAAAAGAAGACGGCGUCCAUUGGCAGCAUGCUCACGGACGGGGCCCUGGACGUCUCGGGGGGCACUGAUGGGGAGGGCACGGAAGGGGGCGAAGAAACGGAAGCAGGGGAGGAGGAAGAUUAG